AUGAUGUAUGCGGAAGUACUUGCAAGAAGCAUGCCAAAACAAUCCGGUGGACUCCACGCUGCUCAGAAUCUGAAGCCUUGUUAAACAGAGGGAAUGUCGAUUUUCCCACGAAUUUCCCUGAAGCCUGAAGUGACUGAAUAUCUUAAGAGUGUAUUCUUAAACAAUGAGGUUUUAACGGCGGUGGGUCAUCAGGAGGCAGAGCAUCGUUUCCACAAGCUGCUCUCAUGUCUGUCUCACCCACCUUCAUACACCUGCGUACGAGCCAGCACCCAUCUCGCCCCCCUUGAGGAGAUCAGGCAGCGGCUGGCAGAAGAGCUGAGGAAGCAGCAGAUGUGCAGCUCGUCAGCAGAGGAAGUCUCUGUGCAGAUUCUGCCACACCCACGAAUUGCAGAUGUGCUGAUCCUUCCUGUUGAAGGUCCGAGACCUGUGAAGCAGCUCAGCUCAGAGGUGGUGGUGGGCGCUCAGUGUGGCAGCGCCGUGCUGAGAGGCGCUCACGUCUUCGCCCCGGGGAUCCUCGGCAGCCCCAAAUACAUGAAGGCGGGGGAUUUGGUGUCCGUCUUCUCUGACCUGGAGGGCAGGUGCACCCGAGGAGCCACCAGCUUCCAGGGGAAGAAGGUAUUUGUGGGUAAUGGAGUAGCCGAAAUGGAUCGCUCCACUAUCUUCUGCACAGAUGAGCCUGCCAGAGGUAUCGGUAUCCGAAUGGUGGAGCCGCUUUACAGAAGUCCAUCCUUUGAUGGUGUUUUACCUAGCCUAGUGUUCCUGCAGAACCUCCCGUCUGUGGUUGUGGGACACGUGCUCGGGCCUCGUCCUGGAGAGCGCAUCCUGGAUAUGUGCGCUGCGCCUGGAGGGAAGACCUGCCACAUUGCUGCGCUCAUGGGAGAUCAGGGAGAGGUCGUAGCCUUGGACAGGAUCCGGAAUAAGAUCGACCGCAUUCGUCAAAAUGCACAAAUGUUACAUUUGCAAAGCGUGAAGGCGCACUGCUUUAACAGCACUCAGGCUGUGAGCAGUGACCCAGCACAGGAAACUGAAGGACCUCCGUUCCCUCCAGAGAGUUUUGACCGGGUUCUGCUCGAUGCGCCCUGCAGCGGCCUCGGACAGAGACCCAACAUGGGCAGCACCUGGAGCCUCAAAGAGAUCUGCUCCUACCAGCCACUGCAGCGCAAGUUAUUUCAUGCUGCGGUGCGGCUGCUGAAGAAAGGUGGUGUUUUGGUGUACAGCACCUGCACAGUGACUCUAGCAGAGAACGAGGAGCAGGUAGCUUGGGCCCUUGACACCUUCCCCUGCCUCUCACUUCAGCCACAGGAGCCCCACAUCGGUGCUGAAGGCAUGUCUGGAGCCGGCCUUCCACCUGAGCAGCUGCGCCUCCUCCAGAGGUUCAGUCCCGAGCUGAGCUGGGAGCAGACGGAAGCUACAGCCCCGCUCCCCUGCAGAGCCGACAGCGACACUAUCGGCUUCUUUAUUGCUAAGUUCCUGAAAAACUAACCCGAGGGCUCGCGCUCUCGCACGGGGCUCAUAUGAGACAGCAAAACGGGAACAAUAGUGUUUAUAUUACGACACUCUGUGUGCUUUGACGGGCCAGUGUUGACAAAGAGCUCCCUGCGCUGUUUACAGCAUCUGCCUCUUAACAGCUGCUCUCUAAAACCGUGGGCCAUAUAGGGAUAAGCUUUAUAAACACCAGGGGAGGGGUGGGAUGGAAGAGGGUGGUGGUGGCGGGGGGGCACGUGGCGACGGAGUCCGGAUGAGUAACGGCAAAUGCAGCAGCAGCAGCGCUGCGGUUGCUAUAACAACAGUGACGACACAGCUGCCAUGGUGACGGAUUUGCUGGAGAAUGGAUCAGGAAGUAGGUGUAGAAAGAGGCCAUGAGAGGAAUUAACAAUUUAGUGUCUUUGCAGCGCUGGAGACGACUGGGACGUUUAAUUAGGACUUCUGGAGCCUGCAGGAAAGAGGAGACGCUUGUGUUUGGCUCAGUCUCUGCAUUCAUCAGAGGGAAAUGUUGCUCAGUUUUUCAGAAUAAGAGCACAUUUAAAGGGAGGCUGUUUCUGUUUUUGGAAGUGGUUAAGAGUAAAGAUGUGAGAGGAAAAAAGAUGUUAGUAAAAUUAUGACUUCCAGGAUAUUUAGACCUUAUUUUUUUACCAAUAGAAUAACAGUUAAUUUAAAUAAUUCCUUAAAAACAAAAUGCCAAAAUAGUCCAGAGGUUUUUUCAUGAUGGUAGGGUUUACUCCUAGAAGACCUUUGCAUAUGAUCUCAAACCAUUUGUCAAUUGUUGUCUAAAUUCCUUUUAACUAAUUGUUUUUAGCAGAGGUUAAAAAGAAUUUUAGCUAUUUUUUUUUUCCUUUUUCUCUUUUGUUAUUUAUUCCUUUUUAUGCAAGCAAAACAAAAAUCGUCUUAGUUGUAGAAUAAAAUUGAUCUGUUUUAAAGGCU